AGUUUCCCGGCAGGCCGCGCGCCAACCCCGCCGGCGGGACUGGGGCUGCCGCGCUGGCCGCAAGAGUGACCCUGUCCGUCUUGGUUCCGGUCGUGGCGAUGGCUUCGUUCGUGACGGAGGUUCUGGCACACUCGGGGAGGCUGGAGAAGGAGGAUCUGGGCACUCGGAUCAGCCGCCUGACCCGGCGGGUGGAGGAGAUUAAGGGUGAAGUGUGCACUAUGAUCAGCAAGAAGUAUAGUGAAUUCCUGCCUAGCAUGCAAAGUGCACAGGACCUGGUUACCCAAGUGGAUAAGCUAUCUGAGGACAUUGACCUGCUGAAAUCCAGGAUAGAGAGUGAGGUUUGCCGGGAUCUUCAUGUAUCAACUGCUGAAUUUACAGACUUGAAGCAACAGUUGGAAAGAGACUCAGUAGUCCUAAGUUUGCUUAAGCAGCUGCAACAGUUUUCUACUGCUAUUGAAGAAUAUAAUUGUGCAUUAACGGAGAAGAAGUAUGUCACUGCUGCUCAGUGUCUGGAAGAGGCACAGAAAUACCUGAAGUUACUGAAAUCCAGAAAAUGCUUUGAUUUAAAAAUGUUGAAAUCUCUCCACAUGGAGCUCACAAUACAGAAACAGAACAUCCUUUACCACCUUGGAGAAGAGUGGCAGAAGCUGAUCAUAUGGAAGUUGCCGCCAUCAAAAGAUACCAGCAACUUGGAAUCUUGCCUACAAACAGAACUUCAUUUAUGCAUUGAACAGUCUCAGAAAGAAGAGAAGACCCCUGUGCCACCAAUCAGUUCUGUCCUCCUGGCAUUUUCUGUUCUUGGGGAGCUACAAAUGAAGCUUAAAUCAUUUGGUCAGAUGCUGCUGAAGUAUAUCCUUAGGCCUCUGGCAUCUUGCCCAUCCCUUUAUGCUAUUAUAGAAAGCCAGCCUAACAUCAUUAUUAUUCGUUUUGAAUCUGUAAUGACUGACUUGGAACAUCCGUCACCGUCUGAAGUUUUUGCAAAGAUCAGACUGGUACUGGAAGUGCUCCAGAAACAACUUCUCGGUCUGUAUCCCCAAGAUUUACCUCUUGAUACUGACCUAGAAAAUGAAAAAACAUCUAAGAUUAUAUUGGCUGAGAUGCUUGGUGACAUGAUCUGGGAGGACUUGUCUGAGUGCCUCAUUAAAAACUGUUUGGUUUAUUCUAUCCCAACUAAUAGCAGCAAGUUACAGCAGUAUGAAGAGAUCAUACAGUCCACUGAAGAAUUUGAAAAUGCCCUCAAGGAGAUGAGGUUUUUAAAAGGAGAUACUACCGAUUUGCUGAAAUAUGCCCGUAACAUCAAUUCUCAUUUUGCUAACAAGAAAUGUCAGGAUGUGAUUGUGGCAGCUAGAAACCUGAUGACCUCUGAAAUUCACAACACUGUGAAGAUUACUCCUGAUUCUAAGAUAAGUGUGCCAGACUUACCCUGUCCUGAGAAGGAUGAGAAGCUAGAAGUACAGAAAAUGUCCACAACUCAAUACAACGAGGUGGUGAAUUUAGAGCCUGAAAAUACAUUGGACCAACAUUCCUUCUCUUUGCCCACGUGCCGCAUCAGUGAAUCUGUGAAGCAGUUAAUGGAACUUGCCUAUCAGACUUUACUAGAGGCAACAACCAGCAGUGAUCAGUGUGCUAUUCAACUUUUCUACUCAGUGAGGAAUAUCUUCCAUUUGUUCCAUGAUGUCGUGCCAACAUAUCACAAGGAGAACCUUCAGAAACUGCCCCAGUUGGCUGCCAUUCACCACAACAACUGUAUGUAUAUUGCUCACCACCUGCUGACACUCGGGCAUCAGUUCAGAUUGCGUCUUGCCCCCAUUCUUUGUGAUGGCACCACGACCUUUGUGGAUCUUGUACCUGGCUUCAGGAGACUUGGGACAGAGUGUUUUUUGGCCCAAAUGAGGGCACAGAAAGCAGAACUUCUGGAAAGAUUAUCAAGUGCUAGAAACUUUUCCAACAUGGAUGAUGAAGAGAAUUACUCUGCAGCAAGUAAAGCGGUCCGGCAGGUACUACACCAGCUGAAGAGACUUGGAAUUGUCUGGCAGGAUGUCCUGCCAGUGAACAUAUAUUGCAAGGCCAUGGGGACUUUACUCAAUACAGCAAUUUCUGAGAUCAUUGGCAGAAUCACUGCUCUAGAGGACAUCUCUACUGAAGAUGGUGAUAGAUUGUAUUCCUUAUGCAAAACAGUGAUGGACGAAGGACCCCAAGUAUUUGCACCUUUGUCUGAAGAAAGCAAGAACAAGAAAUACCAAGAAGAGGUUCCAGUCUAUGUGCAAAAGUGGAUGCCAUUCAAGGAAUUGAUGAUGAUGUUACAAGCCAGCCUGCAAGAAAUUGGAGAUCGGUGGGCAGAUGGAAAAGGGCCCUUGGCAGCUGCAUUCUCUUCCAGUGAAGUAAAAGCUUUAAUUCGUGCCUUGUUCCAGAACACAGAAAGAAGAGCAGCUGCCCUUGCUAAGAUUAAAUAGCUGUGUCUUCCUAAGAAAGCCAUGUCUUGACUGUGUGGAUUUCUCUCUUGGCAUAAUUACUGCUUUUUAAAGACUAAUUGGAAUCAUCCGUUGGUUUCGGUGAACUCUGGGAUAUCACGGAAGUCUGACUUCACCUAAGAACACCUUAUCUUCUGGCUUGUAUGAGGCUUUGUUGAGGAACUGGAUGUUAAGAUAAGCUGUCAAGUGAAGCACCUCAAUUUGUUGACUUUCUAGCCAUCCUCCCUUGAUAAGAAACUGUAGGGUAGCAUUAUUUCAUGUCGCUUCUGGGCCUUCUGGGAACUGUAUCCAUUGUAGAUGUAGGCCAUGGCCUUGGAUCAAGGAAUCCAGGGGAUUCCAAGAGUCAGGGUGAAGAAUUUGUGAGCAAAUGGGAGAUAUAUUUUGGGGGGUAGGGGAGCAGUAUUUGUCCUUGCCAGAAUUAAGAAGACUUCCUUUUAAUAUUUCUUUCCAAUAAAUAAUGCUUUUCAGAGUUCA